AUAUUCCAGGAUUCGACUUAGAUAAAUAUAAAUCUAGAAUUUCACAGAAAAGUUGUGAAUUAUUUGAUGAAUCAGAUUAUAAUUCAUAUGAGAAAACUACUGAAAACAUUAAUAAGUGUCGAGAAGCCAAGCCUUGUUAUGGGAAUGAUAUCACUGAAAUCAUUGGAGACAGGGGUCAUGAAAUUGGUGUUGAAAAGGAUAAAUCCAUGGGAGAG